GAAGCGCGAAAACCGACCGGAACGGUUCCAGCGGCGCGUGGCAGGGAAGAGCCGGGAGGAGGGUGAGAGCGCGGGAAGCCCUUCCCCUACGGACAGCAGGACGCGCCUCGUGCGGAAAUUGGAGGGAACCAAUCACCCCCGCGAGCCGAAGAAGAAGCUUUUUCCCGCCGGUGCCGAGAAAGACGGCGAGGAAAAAGGAGCGGCGAUGACCAAAGCAGACAACGCGGAUGGAAGUGAUGCGGAGAUGAACGCUGGCGCUGGUCCUGCCCCCCGGAGCAAAAGCAAACUGGCUGAGAAAACUACCAGCAAAGAUAACGACGUUGGAACGCAAGGCACUAGGAAAGAUAAAUCUAAGCCCCAAGCUGCACCAGAAAAACAGGAGCACAAAAAUAACACAAGCAACUCCGAUAAUGAAGAUGCUGAAGACAGCAGUGAAGCGGACGGCAGAAACAACAGCAAGAAAAAGGGAACCAAAAGGAAGACCACCUCCAAACGGGGGAAAGACGAGGCAUCAGACGAGCCUUUCUCUUCUAGCGAGGAGGGGAAGAAGAGCAAGAAGAGUAGGAAGCCGCCUGCCAAGAAACGGCGUCGCGGUCGCCGCGGGAACAGUGACAGCGAGGACUUAUCGUCUUCGAGCGGUGGCGCAAGUAAGCAGAGCAGCAAGGGACAACGACAGAGCAACGCCCGUAAAAACUCGUCGAGCGCGUCUUCCUCCAUGCGCGUGCUGAGAAAUGCUACGAGACUGCACAACUCCCCCUCCUCCUCAUUUGUAAAUGUAAGCACAAUACAAAAUCCACAGUUCUUAGCUCGUAAGCCCUGUUAGAAUGACAAAUGAUUUUGGAAGAACUCUCUCAAAUAGUAACUACAAUCUAGUACAUCCAGGUUUGUCAUGCGAAAGCCCCUUUUCUGUUGUUCUUUGUGUUGCUGUUCAUGCCAUACAAAUGAGGGCGGGGAGGGGGGGUUGUGCACUCUCAUAACCACCAAAAUGGGCAGGAAAGAAGUGGGGCAGGAUAAAAUCGUUAGUGCUGCUGACAUGAAGCUGAUGAAGUCCUCGGGUCACGCGUUGUCAUCCCCUCCUCGUCGCCGUUCGAAGCAAGAUCAGACUGCGAACAAGCUGCAGCUGCAACCGGAUAAGAAAGACGCUGCUGCCGGCAGAAAACCAACCAAGACCUCCGCCGGAACUGCGGAUGACAAGAAAACCAAGGCAAACGCGAAGGAAGAGCUCGAGCUGCAGAAAUUAAAACUACCUUCUUCCACUCCGUCGAAGGCGAAGAGUAAGACAAAGACUCAGAAGGAACAAAAGGGUGAAGAUUCUAUGGACCACGUCGAUAAGAGCGAAAAGAAAAAAUCAGAUCAUUCCGAUGAGUCAUCAUCCGACGAUUCGUCCUCUCCCUCCCACCGGGACGAACAGAUGGACGGCCAUAAGGGCGGUCGUGACAGGAAGAGAUCAUCCUCUGAACGCAGUUUAAGCGGCGUUAGCAACAUGUCGAAAAAGAAUCCGGUUCGCGCUGACAGUCUUUCCCUCUCGGACGCUCUGAAGCAGGAAGAGGAUGAACAGAAGAAAGACGCGGACAAGAAGGCAGACACGACAGCUUCUGGCGAAGACAAAGGGAAUAAGGAUGGCACGGAUAAUAUGACGAAAAAGGUAAUAAAGGAUACGGAGAUGAAAGAACAAGUGAUGUCGAACAAAGAUGACCGCCAAGAGGAGGAUAACAACAAGCAAGGCGUCUCUACUACGAAGGGGCGAGAAGUAGACCACGGUAGUUCUAAGCCGCGGGUUGAGAAGAUCGUUCUGAAAAGUGUUUCUCGUGGUCGCAGUCAGAAUCUGAACCCUCGGGACAAGAGUUCUAAAGAAGACACACGUCGUGAAGGUGGGAGAGUAAACUCCAUGCCGCGCCGCGAAAGAACGAAAAGUCGGGACGAGAGUGCCAAAAGUUCGCGCGAGCAUGAUCGCUUGCGUCGUUCCCGUGCAGGUGGCGAUCGGCGUGUUGGAGAGCGCGACCGUCGGGCUGGUGGCCAUCGGGACGGCUCGACAGCAGGCCGGUUUGCACGACGCGGCGGACGGAACCACGCACCGGGCCGGGAUUCCAGGGGCCGCGGAAGAGGAGACCGUGACGGCGGGAGACGUACUUACUUUUUUUUCCGUGUGUUAGUCUUUUCGAUAUCUGACUGUUGCGGCGUGCGCUUGCCUCUUCGAUAAAUAUGCUACGGUUAAUAGAUUUCCUGUCGUAGUUCAAGCAACCACUUUAUUCUUUAUACGCAAAUCAAAUUUAGGUGACAAUUUUCGUGAUGGCCGUCGCCGCUCGCGCUCCCGAGACCGCACCGCGGAGCGCAGAGACAUUACAACCACGGGACGCGCAGUUGGUGGCCGCGGGUCCACUCAUCUCGGGCGUCGCGGACCGGUUGGGCGCCGCAGGAGUCGGGAUUCCCCUCGCCGCAGUUGUUCUAGGGAUCGCAAGAACGACGACCGCAAUGAUAAAGGCACUUUUCGCAGAUUUCAGGUGGAAACCGACUCGGACAGGGAUGUUCUUGGGAAGAAAUCGCGAAAGGGCGAAGAGAAUGCGAAGACAAAGACCGUUGAACUGGAGCAGGGACUGCACAAGGCCCAUCACGACGAGCGGGCAGGGGCAGCAGCAGGAGAAAAUAAGAAAGCGCUCGGGCAGGAAAAGAUCAGAGAAGCAUCCUCUUCUUCUUCUUCGGAUGACGAGCAGUCUCCUUCUCGUGGGCGAGCUAGGGAGAAAGACCAGAAGAAACUACGGGCUGCAAAGACGUCUGGAAAGAACGAUGGAGAGGAGCAGCAGGCGGGUGGCAACAAGGUAGGAGUUUAGCAGUAGAGAUUGAGACGCACCACAGCGAUACUUGAGCACGCGAUCCUCCAGUUUUUGUAGUAGUUUGAGCUUCGAACAGUUGUACUUCUGGUAACCCCGCCAUCUUCGGCAUUUUUAUACUUGUUUCUUAUCAGCAGGAACAAGUUUACUAAGGACAAAUCUAGCAAAAUUAUUCGCACAAAAAUAAAAAAUCAGGUUUUCAGCUUCACUUUCCAAAAGUCCAAGUCGACGACGAGCACGGUAGCUGGAGCUGCAGAGAAAAACGCUAUCACCUCGGCGGAAAAUAUUUCCACGAUGCAGGAGGACAAGGCCACCAAGCCUGUACAAACGGAGGGUAAGAUGAACCCCGCCUAUUGCAUCACGUCUCUCACCGAGCAAGUCUCAAAGCAGCUCGAAGGUAAAAGAACGUCAUGACAACAAUGUAGAACUACGAACAGCAUAUCGCAACACCCUUUUUUGUGUUUCCAACCCACCGUUGUGUGUAGUUGACCGGCACAAAAAAUACAUGGUGAUGCUCCAUAUGCAACAGAAAAGAAAAGAUGAUCAAAUUUCAAUCCUUCUGUCUGUCUCGGAUAGAUCAAAAUGCAUAGCAAGCACGUUUAGUUUACAUAUUGUUAGUGGACUUGAGAACACUCGCACACACUUACACACGUAUGCUCCACUGAGCUCGUUAUCAACAGCAGUUCAGUGAAUUCUCUCAAUUGCAAGGAAGCAAGCAAGUGACGCAAGUCUCUUGCUGCGUUACAUCCUGUAGGUUUGGUUCAAUCAGGCUCAUCAAGAUUCUCGCAUCAUUCUCACCAGAUGUCAACACAUUCCAGGGUCUAGAUCCGCUUCGUAGUUAGCUACUUCAUUAAGGAUCUCAGGCCUUGGUAAAGCAGCAUGUCACGGGGUCGAUUUGAGUCAGAACCUUCAGUCAUUUUCAUCAUGGAACAGGCUUCAUUUGGGGCGAUCGUGUUACGUGUGUGCGGGAUCGAUUUCCAUGACCAACACCCCUCCUCAAUCGCUGCGGCGGUGCUAAUCAGGAAUAAUCCUACCACACUCCCCUCCUGAGCGCUGUGCCUAUCUAGAAACCAAAGUAAAUCGAAUAAGUAUAGCCUACUUUAGCCUUGCCCUUCUUAUGAUUCCCCUCAAUAAACGUGUCUAAAUCAUCCUCAUCGUCAGAGGAGUCACAAAUAAAAGACUUAGGGUCUGGGUUAUCAAUAUGGUGCAAGAGUCCGCGUCUCUGCGGCACACUACGCUCGAGCUUCGUGAGACCGUCUGCCUUCAUUAGGUAGGUCGGGCAGAACAUGAUCUGGCUCGCUGCGUCUCUCACGCGGAGAUAUCGCAGUGCGUAGCGCCUCGAUUUCGGUUUGUUGUCUGUGCUCUUAGCUGUAGUUAUCGCGGACUGGUUGUCGAUCCACAAUAUGGCAUCACCCAGGGAGGGAGAUAAGCCACUCGGCUUUUCCACCAUGACAGUGGGUAGAGGUUUGAAGAACUCUGUGAAGUCAUUCUGCUCGCUCAGCUCAAUAGUGUCGGAAGCAGCUAUAUACUCCGCCUCCGCCGUGGAGUACGCCCUCACGGUCUGCCGGUUGCUACGCCAACAGAUCGGGAAACCGCGGAAGUGCAUAGUGCUACCACUAGUGCUUCGCAUGGUCUUGCAACAGUUCGCAAAACUAGCAUCCGAAAACAGAUUCACAUCAGGCAAGUCUCUCCCUUCGGGCAGUCGCUUGCUGUAGAUUCUGUUGGAUUCUUCCUCAAUCUCCGGACUAUACGACAGACCCUGCUCCUUCGUUGUCAGUAGAUACUUCAGAAUCUUCUUACAGGCGUUUACGACAGGCCGAGUCGCCGGCUUGCCCACAUAUCUGGCGACAGUGGCAACCGGGACAACAAUGUCUACCCUGCAGGUGGUUGCAGCCCACUGCAGAGAGCCAACGACCUCUCGAAGGGGAAAGCCUUCAAUAACUUUAGCUCCUUCAACUUCUUUAGCGAGUUCAGACUCAUCGAAGUUUGGCGAGUGGACCGGCUUGCCCGCUUCUGAGACGUGGAAUUUCUUACAAAUCUUGGAUAUGUACUCUGACAUCACGAUCCUAACGGUUCGUAGAUUCCAGUUGUAGUACACUAUUGACCCUAGGAAGUCAAACUUCUUGGGCACAGAGUUAAACUCCGGAACAAGCUCGACGUCGAUCAUGCGCCCCUUGACGUGGUGCAAGAUCUCCGCAAGUUCUCCAGCCAACUCGGACCCAGUCGGAGGGCCUGUGAUAAGAUUAUCGUCGACAUACACUGCCAACUUCAGAAACUUCCCAGGGUGUUCCAAGCCCGGUUUCUUCCACAGACCUGGCGCAGAGGGACAGGGUUCCCAACCUAGCUUGGUCAGUGCUUCCUCAUACUUCUUAUACCAGAGCCUGGGGGCGUCUUUCAAGCCGUAAAGCGCUUUCUUGAGCUUGACGAUCUCCACGCCGUGCUUCUUCGCCCAGAUGGGUGGCAAGCGGCAGAAGCCGUCGCGAUCAAGUAAGGCAUUGAGAAACGCACUAUCAAGGUCGAACGGGAUCACAUCGUCACCGUCUGCGGCUGCAGCGGCUAGAAGUAACCUGUUAGCGGCAUGGGACACAACAGGAGCGAAAGUGUCCAGCUCGCCCGAACGAUCUAGAUUACCGAGAACUACUGCCCGCGCUUUCUUCGUACCGUCACGCUUCUCGGUAAGAAGGAUAGCAAUAGGCAAGACCUGUUUUGCGGUCGCUAGCUCCUCGUCAGUAGCUGGCUCCCACACUUUAUAGGCUCCAAGUCUACAAUCUUCCUUGUUGGUUGCUGCGUUCCAUUCGACUGAGUCUUUGCAACGAGCAGGAUCCAACUUGGCCGAUGUAGUCAAAUAACACUGGACGUCAAGGAAUUCCUCGCCUUCCUCUCGAUCAUCCUGUGCUGCUAUUGCUGUGGCAAACGCACUAGCGUCUUUUCUCAAUUCUGCGAGCUCUUUCUUAGUAUGUCUCACGCGCUUUUUCUUGUCCUUUCUCCCUUUGGGACGACCACGACCUCGCGGCUUGGAGUUGCGGUUGCCAGCCACAAUCCUUGCCGGAGACGGGCUCGCCUUUCUUGGACUAGAUAAGCUGCUGCGAGUGGGGUGAUCGUCCAGAUUCCCCUCCUCAGGUUUAACACCUUCAGGCUCGGGAUGUAUCUGGCCCGGAUCAUCUUCCCUAUCCAGACUUUCAACCACCAACGUCUCUUCUGGGCCGUCAGUCUGCCUACCAGUGUGCUCCGAGACAUCCACCCCCAGCCGGUGCUCAGCCCUUUUUAUCAGACCGACACACGGGAGAGAUGGCGCGCACGACGCUCCACUAGGUAGGGCCUCGAUUGCGUCACGCUCGACAUAAAUGCCUUUCGAGUUAGGAGCUAGGUCUUCAAUAUUCUUCACGAGGUACUCCUCACGGAACUUGACGUCGAUGGUAGAAUACUCCAUCCAUCGAUGUCCCGCGGCGGACCGGCCAUCCGUGACAUACGUCCCAACCCGCCAGCCCGAAGACUUUGGACAAAGGCCGAGAAAUACACCACGACGAAAUGGCGCGGACAGCUUUGGAGCUACCACAUUUACUCCCCCCUCAGGAGCUUCAUGAGCUUCGCCUUUCUUGACUUGUUCACGAAAAUAAACGAGACAGCCAAAACUCCUUAGCAUCCUUGUGCCAACUUUUGAACUGUUUCUUCCAGUUCUCUCAUCUAGAAUCUCUGCAGGAGUCUUCCCGUCGUACUCAGGCAUUUUGCUAUACUUAUGCGGAAGGCGGUCCCAGCAUGCUGCAGCGUACUCGACCGAGUAGCACCACAGACGCUUGCCCACGUUCACCAACAUCGGACGCACAGCGCCGAAUAUGGUCCGCAUAAAGCGUUCGCAGGUUCCGUUCUGCUCUGGGUUGUAGGGAACCGUAGGAGCAUCACCGACCCGCAGCGAUUGCAUGACCUUGGUCAUGGAGUCACUGCCCAGAACUGGCUCAUUGUCCCUACGGACGAACCAUACCACUUUGUCCUCGAGGGUCAAAGCGUAGGUCUGGCGAAUGCCUUUGAUCAAUUCUUCCAAAACCUCAACGCAGUCACUUUUCAGCUUAAGAGGGACACAGAAACACUUCUUGAUGGCAUCACAGAUGACCACAAGCACGCAGGUGCGUGACCGAAUCGAUACAGGUUUAAUACCUACCGCGAAGUCCAUCGCUAGUAGUUUCAAUGGUUCAGGUUUGUAAUUACUAGUGUCUCGCUCCUUGGCGUGAGAGCUUCUUGCGCCUUUCGCUUUGUCGCAUUCCGGACACUGGACAUUAAGACCAUCUACAUGAAAGUGUCCGAAUCUUCUAUGUUGUUCUAGACGCGUAAGGUGACAAAUAGCGAUACUUUCUUCGAUUGUAAUGCAUGCAAUGUCUUCCGCGGUGUCACUAGUCGCCUGACCCCGGAGGCCCACCACGAAAAGAUCACACCCAAGGACUGGGAGGGUCAGCCUCUCGUGGUUCUUGAUUGGUAGCAUCUGACCGGAUUCCCUGUUGACGAGAGAACCGCCAGAGCUGUUGUAGUUCAGAUCCCACCCACGAUCACUGAGAUUGUCCUCACCGAGCCACGGAAGAAUACGAUCAAUGUCUCUUGGUAGAUGUUUAAAGUAGACGCCGUAGGGUAAACCUAGAGCGUUUUCCUUCAAUUUUCCGACAAAACCAUCACGAGCCCCGGCCGUGCCGUUGAUGCGACAGACGUUGCGUGAGAUGUCAAUAAAAUCCGAUUCGUGUCUAGAUAAAUACUUGUUUGCACAUGAAUCGACCAAGCUCGCUUCGUCCUUGGUCUGUGCAAUAAAACAGCUAGAAGAAUCUAUAUGAAACUCCUCUAAAUUCUCGAAGUUCAGCAUACAGCUACCAUACUCCGAGACGUAAGCAUCUCCUUCAUUUAGUCAGGCUGGACCUUGCCAGACCCAACCACCCUUGUUUCCACCGGCUCCCUGCCCUUGAUUCUGGUUGUUCAUCUGGUUCUGGUUCACCGGCGGACACCACUGCGGCUGCUGGUUUCCCCAGGCACCACCCCACUGACCUUUCCCUUGAUUGUUAGGAUUCCAGCGGCAACGGUCAGCCUUAUGGUUUUCCUUGCCACAGAUCCAGCAUUUGGGUUUGGUCACAGUGUUGUAGGGAGUGCUCUGGUUCCGACCAGUCUUGCCACCACCUUUCUGGCCACUUCCACCCUUAGCGUUAGACUUCAGGGGCAGGCCAUGGGCAGCCAAGACACUCGCUUCGGUCUGCUUGCGUAAUUUGGCUUUCAUGCGUUUCAAGGCUUUCGCCGAGAACACCUUGCCAGAAGCAGCAUUUUGACCAUCAUCAGCGGAGUCCGGCUCCUCAUCGUCGUCGUCUCUCUGGCGCUUGUUUCCCUUUUUCUUCUUCGGCUUCUCCUCGAUGACCGGGAAGGCCUUGCCGAGGGACGGGCUCUCGAUCUUGUAGGAACCUUCCUUGACCAACUGCGCGAGCUUCUUCUCGAGACGGUUCCCGAUCUCCUGCAAGGUGAUGUGAUCGGACUCGUCCACGCAGCGGUCGAUGGUCUGGCGGAAGGCCGACGCGAACAUCUUGGGCAACUUGUCCAGAAUGUUCUUCACGUGACGAUCUUCGACCGGACGCCCGGGCUCCGGGACGUAGACACUCGGCGCCAUCUCCAUCAGCUCGUGGAUCUGGGCCAGGAACGUCGGAGCAUCCUUCGGCGCAUCGCGGUUGUCGAAGUGCAUGGCGUCGAUCGAGGAGGUCUUGAUGUGCUGCUGGUCACGGGAGGCAACAUUGAAGCGACCAACGUCACGAAUACGCGCGAACAAUUGCGCAGCGUCAUCGUUGAUGUAGUGCUGACUGUUGACCCACGUGGCCACGGACCCGGUGCGCGACUUGUAGAUGGCAUCCUUCAGGUCGCGCCACUUCUCCCGGAUCGCGUUAUUGGCGGUAUUGUUCGCCUGCGGAAUCCCCGGAGGGUUACCAGCAGGACGAUUACCCCAAUACUCCUGGAGUCCGAGGCGAGAAACCUCGUUCGUGACUCCGCGAUGCCAGAUGCGCCAGUCCUGCGCACUGGACAGCUUCUCAACCAGCUUUGCCUCUUGGCCCAUUUUGUGAGUACUUAUCUGACUAGAAGAGCCAGUUUGAGUCUCAAGGCGUAGCGUAGUGUUAGUGGACUUGAGAACACUCGCACACACUUACACACGUAUGCUCCACUGAGCUCGUUAUCAAAAGCAGUUCAAUGAAUUCUCUCAAUUGCAAGUAAGCAAGCAAGUGACGCAAGUCUCUUGCUGCGUUGCAUCCUGUAGGUUUGGUUCAAUCAGGCUCAUCAAGAUUCUCGCAUCAUUCUCACCAGAUGUCAACACAUUCCAGGGUCUAGAUCCGCUUCGUAGUUAGCUAUUUCGUUAAGGAUCUCAGGCCUUGGCAAAGCAGCAUGUCACGGGGUCGAUUUGAGUCAGAACCUUCAGUCAUUUUCAUCAUGGAACAGGCUGCAUUUGGGGCGAUCGUGUUACGUGUGUGCGGGAUCGAUUUCCAUGACCAACACAUAUGAACACUUAAUAUGUUGUAGUUGUUGAUUUUUUUUUGAAUGACUUUGCAUACUUCAACAAGAUCUGGAUGUCGUACUUAGUGUCGCCGUCCAUGAUCACUUGAUAUUUUGUAUCACGUUCUUCCCGGCACGACGUCGUCCGCACGAUCGAACGAAAACAAAACAGAAUCCAAGAAAGCGGCCGAGGCUACCGGCGUGAGCGCCGAUGUCCUGAUUGGUUCGGACAACAUCGCCGCGACGUUGAAAGCCGCUCAGGAUGAGAAGAAGAAACCAUCUCCGGUGAUGGCCUGGGGCUCGCCGGCAGUGGACUGUGCCAGUCGCGUUGCUGUCGACGGAGACCUCUGGAGCAUGCCGGGCGUUGGUGGACAACAGGAACAGGACGAUAGUAAGCCGGACUCUGACUCGUUCGCGCAGAAUAAAUCUGAAGACUUGUUCACUCCGACAGACCCCGUUGCUGCUGCGAAUUUGGCUGCUGCGAAAUUUUUGGGUGCUGCGAAUUUCACCCCACCGGCGGCGACAACUACAGAGGUGGUUCUGCUGAAAGACGAUACUACUGCUGCCAGUGGUCCUACUCCGAAACAUCAACUACUACACGCUGAGCAUCAUCCUAUUGGUGCUGACCACUCGACGUCGUCGCGUAAAAGUAGUCAGCAGUUGUUGAAGGUGGCUACUGCGAAGAAGUAUCAGGAUAUCGAAAGGAAAAAUCCCCCCUCCCCAUAUUGAAAACGCACGCGCCUGAAAAUUUGUGAUGCAGAUUUUUUGACCACAGAUUCUGUUUGUCUUGCAAGAGAGCAACUCUAGAGAGUCCGCCGCACUAUGUAGGCGGUUUGUGAUGCUGCUGGGCCUACAGCAUAGACGUUUGUCAUGCUAGGCACCUACGUCAAACCCUCGCGCCUCAGGCUCGGCAUGUGCCUGCAGUCAUCUGCUGCAAGACAAAGGCGGUUUGUCUAUCCACAUCCAGCAUCAGAAAUUUCGUUUUGAUAUGGGGCGGGGGGAUUUUUUCGUUUGAUACAGGAGGGCGCAGCGGCCGCUUCCGUGCCGGACGGGGGAGAAUUAUUAGGGGAGAAAGAUGAGAUGCAGAUGGAAGUCGAGGAAAAAGAGAACUCGCCUCGUGCACAAGCGCCUGCUGCUGUUGAACAGCUAGACCAGGAAGAAGCUGCAGCUGCAGGUCCCGUAGUUCAUCUUGCCAAUACGACCGAAGGAAAAGAAGUUGAAGUAGAACCCCAGCAAGAGAUGUCUGAUUACGAUUUCUUCGCGCCGCCAGCAUCUGUAGUUCCCGCUGACGGCGCCGCUGAUGAUCAACAAAGCGAAAACGUUGCUCCUAUUCCUGCUGAGGAUCAUCCGAUGGCAAAGUCGGAUGAAGAUGAGGAAGUUCGUCCUGCGGAGGAAGAUGCUUCAUCCUCUUCCUCGGGCUCUGUCUCUGAACAAGAUGAAAGUAACUUGGACAACGACCGGCAGGAGACAAGCUCGAACGCCGAAGUAGUGUCUGAACAGGAACAGCAACAAGCUGAUUCCCAAGAGUCCGACGCCGCUAGCGUGAAGUCUGACUCGUCUGAGGGUAGCGAGAGCGACGCACCCGCUGAAAACGAAGAUCAAGUCUUGGAGGAGCCGGACGUCGACGGCCAAGAACAUGAGGCUGCUUCAUCCCCUGCGAGUACUGGAAAACAACACGACGAAUCUGACGGAAAUGAACUCCCGCAAGAGGAAGAGCAGCAGGAGGAAGUGCACCAACAGCAACAGGAGAACACCAAUGGCGCCGCGACGUCCAGCACCGCAAACGUCGCGCUCCCAGAUGAGCAAACGACUGGUAAUAAUAUGACUCUGCCGAAACAGGCUUCCCCGUCAGGAUCGAAUCCCUUUCGCGGCCAAGGCGGGGGAGAUGAUGAGGAGGAGGAGAAUCUACGGUCCGACGAGAACGAUGACCACCUCGCCGCGCCUGAAUUAAGCGGACACGAGGAAGAUGAAAAGAGCAACAGCUCGAUGGAGCUCGAGGAUGCAUUGGAAGUAGCCGGCACUUCAGGCGACGACUACCUGGCGGUGGAGAACAAGGAAGUAAAUGCUGUCGGUGCUGGCGAAGGCGAAAUAUUACGAAAAGAUCAGGUAGACGAGAGCGUUGCGAAAGUAGUUAUUGAUGCUCCUUCUAUUGUCGAGAAAGACGAAGAUGUGCUCGAAAUGAACAACGAGGCAGCUCCUGUAUUGGAUCAUCAGAAGAUUGACUCGAAGACCACGGAGUUGUGUGACGCCGCCACUUCAGGCCUUAGUUCUUGCCCGGUGCAGCUGAGCGAGGCUGCAGUUCUUGGCGAGGAUGGCGACGAGUACGAAACAGAGAAAGGUAAAUCAAAAAAGUGCUUUCGUCGAUUUUUGAGCUCGAGCUUCUCGUGGGGUUCAGAUCAUGACUUUCAUUUUUCUUUUUCAUCCUACUACAUUUCUGACUUUUUUUGUUUCGACGUACCUUUCAACAUUUUCAGGUGCUGUGCGGAUCAUGGGUGCUGGCGUCAAGGCUCUGGAAGGAGGACACAACGCAGAGGACAAAGCGGAGCCUGAAGAAGUGAAGAAAAUGUUGGAAAUGACAACCCGAACCGCCUCUAAUGCAGUUGUAGAGAAGGAGGAAGCUGCUGUGUCGAUGAAGGUGGUCGAGUUGAAACAAGCUGCUGAGCAGGUGGACAUCAAAGCUGCUCCCUCCACGACGUUGCUGGUGACCGAAACAACUAACAAGCGGCGCCAGGAUGAUACUGAAAAGGAGGAACACGAUUCUGAUGUUGUUGCUGACCCUAGUGCUUCUACCGCUUCUGGCGCCGCCGGCGCAGUUCUCGCUGGCGUGGAGGAUGAAACGAAGGACACCAGUGGUGCUACGACGACCACGAAGUGGGUCGGGGGCGUCCUGCAAGCUGGUCCCGUUCUUGGUACAGAACAACAAGAGGAGAAGACCACUGAAGCCGGCUCCAAGAAGCAAGAUCCUCCUAGCACAACAACCUCCGGUGCUGGCCAAGAACAAGAAGCACAAGAGGAGCCGGUUGUCGCCGGCCCGAAGAAAAAGCGAUCCCGGUUCGGACCGCCGGCCAACUCUCAGCCAGCGCCUGGAACAAUGCCGACUCCGCUGCAGAUUCAGCAGCAACAGGCCAUGGCCGCCACGGCAGCGCGCUUCGCUCCCGUGGGCGCGGCCGUGAGUAGGGAGCAAGCGGAAGUGGCGGCGAGUAGAGUUUUGGCGAAUAAAGCGGCUGCGACUUCUUGUGCGACGAUUGACGCCAGCGCGGCAAGCUCCAACAGCCUCGGCGCUCGUCCUCCGGUAGCGAAAGCAACUGCGCCGGGCGUCGCGGUUACGAAUAAGCCACAGGUAGAACAACAGGCGGUGGAACAAUCGGAAAGCGUAGUAAAACAAAAAGAGAAUAUCCCUGCUAGGACUGAAUCCGAAGAAGUGGCACUGACAAGUAAAGGUAAACUCGAAGUAGUAGAGGGAUCAUCCGCCGUCGAUGAAGAUACUAAGUGCGCGGCCUCUAGUACUGAUGAAAAGGCAAGCAAGAAGAUCGAAGAAGUUGUGCCGGGAGGACGACGAGUGCUAGAGGUUCAAGAAGGUCAACAUGAUACAAAGAAGCUGGACGUCGAACAAGAGCAGCUGCCCCCGGCUGCACAACCUACCACAGAGGCGGAUGAACAGGCUCAGGUUGGAGACGAAGAAAACUCCGAAAAGAAUAAAUCUUCUGAUGAACAAGCCCACGACCUUCUCGCGGAGCCUGUUCCUUCUAUAUGGAUGUGUCAGAGUUGAAAUCGACAAAGUUGAAAUAAUUUGUCAUGCAUAAAAUGGAUGCCAGUUGGAACCCAGUUUCCAAGUGGCGCAUGACGAAUCUGGGUGGUCCCUAAAUCCAGUUUGUCAUGCUGUUUAGGCAAAGACGAGUGAUUUUCUCAUGCUACUUUAGCAGCUCGAGCUGCAACCACAAACAGGCUUACAGUCGGCCUCACUUGCCUGCUCUGCAACACACGUACCUCGGGCCAUGCAUUUUAUGCAUUACAGAUUAUUUCAACUUUGACGAUUUCAAACCUGACGCUUCCAUAUUCUACCGCCCCCUCGUCUGCCUCGAAAAUGAUUGAAGGAACGAACAACCCCUUUCGGGACGGCCGUUCCUUUAGCGAAGUUGAAGGCGAGCAGGCGAAUGCUUUUGCUGCGGGAGGGGGAGCUCCAGCCGUCGAAGAACUGCAACACCUACAACCGAAGAAAGAAGAUGUUGACCGUGAAGGAGUCGAAAAGUCGUGCAAGGCCGAAGCGGAAAAGAAAGUAGGUCCACUUGUUCCCGCUACUGCUUCAUCCUGUUCUGGGCAGGAGACGGUAUUAAGAACGGAGGAGGAGAGUGCUAACGUCGCUGUCGUAAAAGAAAGUACUGAAAAUAGUGCCGACUUGGGAAUAAACAGCAACAAGAAAACCGCCAAGAUGAACGACAUGGAAGCUGUUGAAGAGGAUCAGAAAAUUACCAGCACCGCUGCCAACAAGCGCCCCAAGAGCGACGAUCUGGGUCAUGAACCGGUGGAGCAGGACGAGGUCAACAACAACAUGAUCCCCGCUGCCAAGCGCCCCAAGAUCGACGACGAUCAGAAGGAAAACAAGGAGAAUGCUGCCAGCAACGAGCAGGUCGGAGCAGUCGCUGCGCAGGCAGGUGCAAGCACGAACGCGACUGACUCUACCAUGAUGUCCACUGACGGGCAACAGGUAUGCUUUAGUGUUUGCGCAUUGUAUUCUAUAUCUAUUUGUUUUUCAUCUUUUUGUACUGAAUGGAAAUAAUUAACUGCGCUCCUGUCCUUGUUUUCGAUCUCGAUCGCGAUCGAGUGCAGCUGCGCGCGUUGAGUUGUUUGGAUAGAUUUAGAUAUCCACUUCAACCGACUUCGACUAGUAAUCUACCGUACCAACCUAGUACAUGAUGACGCAAAACUAAAACUACAUUCAAAAACUACCACAGCAGUUCCAGAUGCACAUGCAGCAGUUGGUUUUCCAAAACCAGCAACUCCAGAUGGCCAAUAUGGUAUCACACGUUAAAGCACACCAAUCGGGGCCCGCAGAGUAGCUCCUUGCGUGUGCUGUUGAAGGAGCUUUAGGUGCUCGAUUUGAAUUUUGCAUUUAUUAUAAUGUACUCGUAUUCGUACUACAAUUCGUAGUCUGUCACGUGCGCAAUUCAACAUCUUGACCAACUGCUCUGGAUGGCCGCGAGAGUGAAAAUUUUCCUUGGUACAACCGCAAAUGAUGAUGAACCCGAUGGGGAUGGUGAUGAUGAUGAACCAAGCAAUGGGAAUGGACAUGUAUGGAAGUGUCAGAAUCGAAAUGGACAAAAUCGAAAAACGUGUGAUGCACAAAAUCGAUGCCAGUUAGACCCACAGUUUGUAGUCGGCGCAUGACAAAUCCUCCUCGUCCUGGAAGCGAAUCUGUUAUGCGGUUUAGGGCAAAAGAGCUGCCUUCUGUCAUGCUAGUCAGCAGCCCAACACUUAACCCUUACCAGGACUACAAUCCGCCUUCCUUGCAUCCUCUGCAAUAGAGUCGCUUUUUGCGUAGCAUUUUUAUGCAUUACAGAUUCGAUUUUGUCGAUUUCGAUCCUGACACUCCCAUAACAUGAGUGGUAUGAAUAUGAUGUGGGGCGGUCAGCACGUGCACCAGCCCGGGGGUGGGUACCAGAGCACCUACAAUAAUUAUCAAGGUGGUUCUUACAACGACAACAACUGGAACAAUUCGUAUUCGAAUUACAACGACUGGGAUAACAAUUGGAACAAUUGGAACUACAAUCGCAAGGGAGGGGGAAAAGGAAAUCGAGGUCCCUGGGGCGCCGAGGGGGCCUCUGAGAACAACCCUAACCCAUCAGUGUUGGAAUCCAUGAAACACCCGAUCAACCAGAAUCCGCCGGCGAACAGGGCGAAUGGCGUUGUCAACAUGAAGUGUGCGAGGCGAUGGGGUGAGGAAUUUUUUUGAAAUGAUGUGUGAUGUUGAAUUGAUCCUUAGCUGUGGUCGUUUGAGGCAGGAGUACUAGCACUGAUGUUUGAUAAUCUUGAUGUGACAAAAUACAUCAUUGACAUUUCUUUUCCUCAAAUGAACCGGGAAGAGAGCAUGAUAAAAAACUGAUGGCGUCUUCUUGUCCCACAACCACAGAGCGUCCAGAUUCUAAGGCGGAGAAUGAGCUGUUGCGAGUCGAUGCGAAAAACCGAUUUGCUGUGGUAUGACCCGCUCAGGUGCUUUCACAAUCUCAAGCGUUACAGCAGAAGCGUCUGGAUUUUGUCUUGCAUGGAUUGCAUGAGGAACAUACAGGGCUUUGCGCUAGAGAUUUUCGCCAGAGAAGUCUCAUGCAUGGGGUUCGUUUGGAGCUCCAGAGCUUGUCAUGCGCAAAAAUCCUGUGACAGUACCAGUAGACUAGAUUAACUGCACUACUUGCAUUACAAAUUUCCAUUGCUGUAGUUGUAACGCUUGUUGAGAUUGUAACGGUUGCGCACGGUAUAUGUGGCGAUGCAGGGAAACCCUGUGGCGCGGUCGUACUCGAUCAAGAUCGUGGAGAACCUGCAGCAUCAUAUCAACUGUAAAAAAGUCUGGGUCUGGAAGAAAGGAAGAUCUGUGAUGCAGGUUUUCCAUGAUCCAUGAGGUCUGGAAUGCGAGACCCAGCAUGACAGAUUCUCUGAGGUUUCUAUCAUGCCUUUCCUGCAUGAGAAAGUCCCUCUCAACUUGGGCGAAAGGGGACAGCUGCUUUUGGCACUCAUGCAACACAGCUUUUUGCAUGAUUCGGAUUUAGCAUGACAAGUUGCAAUCUUCCAGACCCAGACACUUUUGCAAUGCAUACAUCAGCUGAAAAGACCCGAAAUCAUUUGCUUCUUCUGCCCCGUGUACCAACAGAGCUACCGGCAGAAGGGCAAGGGCAAGAACGGCAAGAGUGCUAUGAAGGCCUCAGAACGGAAAUCCUCAAAGUGGAAAUAAUUUGUGAUGCAUGGAAUGCGACGCAAAAAAGACUGUAUUGCAGAGGACGCAAUGGAGGCCGAUUAUUGUCCUGCUAGGGGUGAAGAAUUGGAGUGCUGCUUAGCAUGAGAGAAGGGCACCCCUUUGCCUUAACCUGCAUGACAGACAUGCUUUAAGUGCCCGGGAGAUUUGUCAUGCGCCGACUACAAAUGACGCUUCAACUGGAGUCGUUUUUUUGCAUCACAAAUUAUUUCCACUUUGAGGAUUUCCAACCUGAGGCUUUCAUAAGUGCCCCGCCGGAGGGACACCCGGACUUCAAGUACAUUGGAGACAACGUGGACGCCGUACUAUACAAGUUGUCACCACGACGUGAGUAUCAAAUGUAAAAAUGUCUGGGCCUGGAAACUUGUGAUGCUGGGUGGCGUCUCAUGAUGAGGCUAAAAAUGCUGGCUCAGCAUGACAAGUUUCUGAGCUCCUAGGUGUUGCCUAUUCUGCAUGACAAACUGCGCCUCUGCAUCACAGAAAAACGGAGCUCUUGGGUGACGUGCAUGACAGAUUUAAGAGUCAUGCCAGACAAGCACGACAAACAUGAAUUCUUCCAGACCCAGACAUUUUUACAUUUGAUAGUGAGCAGCUGCAAAGCAAAUAAUUUGUGUACCGAUGAAGUAGAACUCGUGACUUGUACUUGAAGUAGAUGCUGCAGAUCAUCGCUUGACAACCCCAUGAUUCAUCAAAAAUCCUAGUAUUAAUUAUACAUAACCCGACAUGUCGUGAAAAUGUAAAUGAAUUCUAUCAGUUCGUCGAAUCGCUGGAAGAGUACAUGUACCCCGUGGACGCCGGCGGUGUGGCGGGUUCCUUUUCGAAGGACUUCAUCGACAAGGAAGAACAGUACUCGCAGUGUCGCGGGCAGCUGCACAUGCGGGAAACCUUACGCAUUGCAAAAGUGCCGCACUCGUGUACGAAUUGCAGUCAUGCAGGAGAAAACUGCCUUUCCAAGCGAAAUCGGCAUGAAAAAUUCAUUCAUUUGUCAUUGUCCAUUUGUCAUGCUGCAUUUGCAUUGCGAUCGCUACUAGUGCGAUACUUUUGCAGUGCAUAAAUCAAGCUUAACGACGAGUCGUUCGAGAAACUCAUCGAUUUCUUUCUGCGAAAAAAGAUCCAGGUAUUUGAAUAAUCUUGAAAAACAAAUAGAGGUGAUCCGUGCAGAGAUGAGAGGUGAUCCGUGCAGCUGGUGCACGUGAGAAGUUUAGAAGUUGUUGGCCUGUUGAAGAAGAUGUUGACUACAUGUACAUGCAACACGAGCAAAUAGUAUACUAGAAAAGGAAAAAAAAAAAAUCUACCAGAUCUCCGUCUGGCGCAUCGACGGGAACUUGUUGACGACUCUGGAUCCGUUGAUUAAGUACAUUAAGCAGUGGAAGGAGAUGUUUCCCGACCAAGAGAUGAAGUUUCACGAGGUGCACUGCUAUCCAGAGUAAAUAAUUUCCCGCACAAGUACAAAUGCGGUCUCUGCAUGACAAAACUGGACUUCGAUUCUAGUUUAGCAUGACAAGAGGUAAAAAAGCCCAAAUUGGUGAAGUUUGUGAUGCAUUUUGUACACGUACAGGAAAUUUGUAUUGCAUAACUGCCACAACAAUUACCUCACGAGGAAGGGAGCCAUCGACUUCAUCACCUUCCUGCUGGAAGAGUUCAAGCAAGCCCCGGCGCGAGACGACUUAUCAAAUGCAAAAAUGUCUGGGUCUGGAAACUUGUGAUGCUGGGUGGCGUAUCAUGAUGAGGCCACAAGUGCUGCCCCAGCAUGACAAGUUUCUGAGCUUCUAGGUGUUGCCUAGUAUUCUGCAUGACAAACUGCGUUUCUGCAUGGCAGAAAAAUGGAGCUGCUCUUGGGUAACUUGCAUGACAAAUUCAAGAGUCAUGCCAGACAAGCAUGACAAACAUGCAUUCUUCCAGUGACCCAGACAUUAUAUUGCCACUUGAUACGACUGGCGUUACCACCACUGCACGAAGUUCUAUCAAAUGUAAAAAUGUCUGGGUCUGGAAGAAUGCAACUUGUAAUGCGUAUUUCAGAACACAGAAAAGUCUCUCAUGCAUACGUAGCAAAAGCUCCCACUUUUUGUUAGCAAAAUAGGGGACUUGUCAUGCGGAUUCGGCAUUGCGGAAGGUUCUCGAAACCUGUGAUGCUAGAGCUUCCAUGCCAGACCUUCUGUGUCAUGCAAAAACAGCAUGACUCUUCCAGACCCAGACAUUUUUACAUUUGAUAAGUUCCGCCCCCUGUCGAUUGACACGAACCGGGUUCCCAUCUGGAUCCGCAUCGGGGAUAAUGAUUGCAGCCGGAAUGAACCGGAGCAAACGGUCCUGGAAAUUGAUGCCCUGCACAAAAAAUACUCGGACGAGACCAACUCGACAGAAGCAAUCUGCUACGGUAAAGAGAACGCAGCUUCUUUCGCUAUGGUUGAAGAUGUACUUUCGUUAGAUGUAGACUUCGGCUGUUCUUCGCAUUACUCUAGUACGUAGGUACCUAGCUACUUCUUAGGUACGAAUUUUAGUCCUCUUCAAGAGGAGUGCGUCGAUAGUAAGCGUGUACUUGUGAAACAUGAAGAUCAGCGUUAUGCACUGAAAAAAUAUGCUAAAUUUUAUUAUUCCAUUUUGAAUUUGAAAAAUCAUUCCAGUGGGCUGCGAGGAGUGUACUCACUUGUGCUGCCGGAGAUUUGCAGAAGGCAUUUCCCCGAUCGUGCACGUGAACGGACUGACAAGCCGUGUCCCGGCGAACUACUACAACGCUGAAAGUAAAAACAAUUUCGGCGCGGGCGCCGGUGGAAAGGGCGGGUCAUCUGGCAAGAAUGGCUCCAGUAACCACUUUGGCGGGGAUAGUGGUAGUGGUGCUGCUGGUGGGGGAAACACUAGUGGUGCUGCAGGUGGGGGAAACACAAGCAGCAGCGGUAAAAGUUCUAGUAGUUCAAGUUCUAGCUCUAAAAACGUGACGCAGAGUAGUUCGCUUGUUCCACCAUCAUCAUCUGGUGCAACACUAGGAACAUCAAACGAAGGAGGUGUCGCGUCUUCGUCGUCAGCUACUUCUUCGUCCGCUUCAGGGACCACAACUUCUGGCGCAGCGGCCGCGGGCGCAGCAAAUCUUUUCGAAGGACAGCACCAACAAUGCUGGUCAGGAGCAUAUGGGGGUGUGAGGAUUGAAAUCGACAAAGUUCAAAUAAUUUGCAAUGCACAAAACGCAAGACACGGAGUGACUGUGUUGCAGGUAUUGCAAGAGAGGCCAACUGUAGCCCUGUUUGGGGUUUGAAAUGGAGCUGCUGAAGUAGCAUGACAAAAGCAGCCUUCUGUGCCUAAACAGCAUGACAAAUUGGAUUUCAAUGCUGCCAAAAUUUGUCAUGCGCCACUUCCAAACUGGAUCCCAACUGGUAUCGAUUUUAUGCAGCACAAAUCAUUUUAACUUUGUCAAUUUCGAUCCUGACACUUCCAUAGAGCAUCUCCAAGCAGUACAACUUGGAGAAACUACAUUGGCGGGACGAGCACUGAUAUCGCUUCUGCUUAUCCCAUGGGAAGAAAAACGCUAUGUGCUCCCUGCAGCCUCGUGGUUUUUUGAUUUUGUUGCGCAUCUUCAACAACUUUUCAAUACAUGCAGAUGCAGAGCGGAACUUUUAUUUUUUCGCUUAACCAAGAACCUAUUGCUAUUUCGAUUUCCUUUCACGACUUGGAGCCUCUGCCUCAUGCGCAUGCCCAAAUAAAGCGUGAUGAAGAUAAUAUGAAUUGGCAUGCAAGAAAAAUGUCAUCGCAUGAGGACCAGCACACGAAAUAAGGCAGGACGAUCAUAUCGCAUGUUUUUUCAUGGCAUAGGUACAAGAUGAACCGCUCCUCGACGGCGCCAGGCCCCGAGCUGCCGGCCCAAAUGACCAGUACAACUCCCGUGAGCAAGAUGAUGAUGGACAAGGACGAAGGUUCGAAGGAACAAAAAAGGGCGCCGAUCUGCCAGCAGUUUUUGACAACGUUCUAUCCCCCGGAAUGGAACGAGGAGAAGCAGGAGUUUGAGGCGGUAACGACGACAAAACUGUUCGCCAUUGCCACCGCAAAGAUUGACGGCGAGCAGGAAGAAAGCGAAAUGUACAACGAGGAGCAAGAGAAAGAUCGCGAACAGCCGGACUUUAUCGUCUUGGAAAUCACACCUCCUCACACCAUCUUCGUGCAAAGUAUGCGCAAGAAAUCUUGAAAGAGCGCAAAAACACAUCAAGUCGGUGCAAUUUGCCUUGCGUUUUUCUUACAUCAGCUGCAAAAUGUUUACACAGAAGAUGCUCUUUGGUCUUUGCAUCCUUACAGGAGCACUUUAUAUUAUUUCCAUGAUCUACUUACUACAACGAGGCUCGUGCUUUUUCAGACAAUAAAUUGCCGGGAAAUCAGGAACCGCACUUACACUAGCAAGGCCCGGAUCGAACAGAACACCGCGAGCCUCUCGAUCGAUGAAGACGACCUGUGA